AGAGGAGUAUCGAGAGCUUUUAAAGGAACCACAUGUGUGUGAGCUAGCUAGUCUAGUCCAACACCAGCAAAUUAGCUCACAGAGGUCAGCGGAAAAGACACGGCGAGAUGGGAAAAACAAAAAGACGACCACUCACAUAGCCACAUGUAAUUGAUCUGUUGGAGGCGGGUACUAGUAGUGGCGCAACCCACACACACCGUCGUGGUAUGAAGCAAGACUUGAAUUUUGAAAUGUACGAUAGAGUGGGGGCCAACAAUCAUUACAUGUACUAGCUAGUAGUAUCUUCAAGAGGGCAUCAAUGCAAGCAUUAUUGCGAUAGCAUAAUAUUCAUAUCUCUUCUACAGCAUGAGUUAACUGAUUCACAAUGGGUAGAAGUAUGAAUUUUGCCAUCAAAAAUGAAUUUCAGUCGAAUUUUGAACUGAGAGUGACGAGUCAUGCUUCGGAUUCGAAAUAACGAAAAUCGAAAAAUGAAAAACAGCGGCAGCAACAACAACAAACAAACUCAACAACUAGAAAGCAUUUGACCACCCUGCCAUGGAGUGCUACCGGUAUGACUGGUGCUGCCAUGGUAAAACUCUCUCUGGUUGUGAUUUCUAUGGCUCCUCACCUCCAAAGUCUUGCAAGUAGCCAAGCGGUCGCCAUUGAUGUACCUUUGGUAUUGACAAAAAAGCCCUCAAACCUCACACUUCCUUCCGGAUCACGUCAACAAGUCAAAGCCAACACGAUACGUAAAGUGUAUACUAGCUAGUCUAGUAGGCAAUCUUAAGCUUUUCGACCCCGUUGAAUAACACAGUACAAGUAUCGUACUUCGUGGAAUGGCUCGUCCCUUCCGUGUCCAAACAGCUGCAGCAGCAACGGCAGCUACCAUUGGCUGGUUAUGGUUCUCCAGCAGGAGGGCUUCUGUCGUGAAUGGCAUGAUUGCACAUACUGGUACUACUACUGUGCAGAGAGAUGAUGUGGCAUUGCCAACCCCAUAUACACAAGCCGCUCAUCCAUCGUCGGUGUUGUUUGAUAGCAUUGACAUCCACGGCGUGCCACUUCAAUUUGCCGUUCGUAAAUUCAAACACAUUCGAAUGCUGCACGAUCACUUACAACGGGAAAUACACGGCUACGCCAUUUUGAAAGAUGCGAUCCGAAUGGCACAACAACAACAACAGCAACGCCCGCCACUGGUCCUCGAUGUAGGAGCGAAUCACGGACUGUAUUCACUGUUUGCGGCGAAACUGGGGGCCGACGUCAUUGCCGUGGAACCCCAACAGAAUCUUUGCAAACUGAUAAACCGAGCGGCGCAAGAGAAUAACGUAGCCGACCGGAUCACGGUGUAUCACAAUGCGGCUCUAGAUGAACACGACGAGACGAUUAGCAUGAAGCAUGCCAAGAAAAUGGACGGACAGCUGGGCACUGUCGUACGAGAGGGAGAACGAACCAAUACAACACUACGAGUAGAACAACUGCACGCCUUUCGUAUCCAAGAUUUUGUGGCGGCAUCAUCAGAUGGUAGUAAUGGCAAACCACAACACGAUAUCGCGUUCCUCAAGAUUGAUGUGGAAGGAUUUGAACUACAGGCUGCCAAAGGUGCCGCACAACUGUUCACGGCCAAGAGGAUUCAAAACACGCUCGUCGAGUUUGGAGUAAGUACUACUGUAGUACGGUACGAACAGUACACGGAUCCACCAAGUCGCUGGCAGAUCGAUGCUGGAGUUGGACCGGAACUGGGGUUGCACUUGUUACAAGACAUGUACGAGCAGUAUGACACGCAGCCGCGACUUAUCGAAUCAUUUGUAUGGCCAGACUUUUUGGCAAGCAUUAGCGACGAUGAUGCACGGUCACGGGCGGAACAGCAAAAGAUGGUGCCAUUGACAUCGCAUCAGGACUGGAAGGCACUGAUCCAAGCGAUGGAUCAUAGUGGAAAAGAAGCUUAUUUAUGGUUUGCUUUGGACGACAACAAGAAACAUUCACCUAACGAAUUCCAGACAUUCCAAUCAAAUUGCGGCACGGAUCACAAUGUCAAGCGCAUCAUGAUUGGGGAGGGAAGGAAAGUCACACGGUUUGGAUGUGCUGCAGCACGUGGAUGAAUGGGCUCCCAUGACGGAUGAAUGUUUGCCUAUCAUCCAAUCCAAGCUUUCACAAGACUUGAGAUGGGCAGUCAAUGUUGCUGUACAACCACUAUCGGUGUCCACCAGUGCCGUUACGUUGGCCUAUGAUCUUGAAGGUGCAUGACAUGAUACUAGUAAGAUUCAUGCAUGGGAUUGGAGGAAGAAGAAGGUGGUCGAAAAGAGAAAGCAAAGCAGCAAGAAGACGAGUUGUCUAGCUAGAAAUAGAUAAUACUUUUAGCAACAACGAAAGAGGAGUACAUAGAGCUUUUAACGAGACCCAGCGGAAGAACGGUGAGAUGGGAAAAACUAGAAGACGACUGAGGAUUCGACUCCGCCGAAGUGUGGAAACGGCUAAUUGGUUUGGCACCAGGUACCGUACGGGGAGAAGCAGGAAAACGCAUUACAAGCAUUACACACCUGA